ACUGAGAAGAAACAGGCAGUUUGUAAAAUAUGAGAAUCCACCAGGAAACGUGGUAUGUUGUUUUACAGCGUGUUAUUGCAUUUAUUUUACGAGGGCUUAAAACUCAGUACACUAUUAAAUAGCCCACUUUACAAGACUGGAGUAUAGGAUAUAUCUCAUGACGAGAUCUUGUAAGAUUUUACACUCAGCUGGUGUAAUUUGGCAUGCAGAUAUAAACGUUGAGCAGAGAUCGUGGAACAAAUGUGUUCUUUUAAUCUGGGUAGGUAAAAAAUAGUCCGUGGCCUCCUCCAUUUUACCACUAGAUUAAAACAAAAUGAUUUGGGACAUCAAAGUAUACUGCAAUAUAAAUUUUUAGAAAAAAUAUCUGUAUACGUAUAUAUAUUUAGUCAAAGGGCAAUAUCAAGCAUACCGUUAUAAGCGGAUUGAUUUACUCUCUGUAUUGGUAAAUAUGAUCACGUGAUUCAUGUAACCAAUCACUGAAGAUGAAGCCAGCAAAAAUACUAUGAUUGUGCGGAGGCAAGGUUUCCGUAACAGUGUAACCUUUUAUAUGACUACGAGGGGAUCCAAAAAUGUCGACCAGUUCAACUCUGAGCAACUAUUAUGUGGACUCUAUAAUGGGACACGAGGCGGAGGACGUGUACGGAGCGCGUUAUGUCCAGAGCCCGCACUCGGCGGUCGCUAGGCCGUCAGGUGUAGGGGAAAACGCAGAUUUUUCCUCCUGUAGCUUUGCUCCCAAAACAACCGUGUUCCCCACGUCAUGGUCCUCGGUUCAUCCGCCGUCCUCGGCUACGGUGUCCGGAAUUUACCAUCCGUAUGUGCACCAGUCCCAUAUCGCAUGUACAGAUAACAGAUACGUGCGUUCAUGGGUAGAUCCGAUCUCGAACCACAUCUCAUUUUCCGGCUUCCAUUCGAGUAGUCGUCAGUGCGGGACAAAGGCGGAAACUUUACCGCCGAAAAGGACUGAGAGCUCUGCCUUCGGCUCUGACGCUCCGGCGGCUCCAGACUACAACUGUAGCACCUUGGCCGAGUGUGUACAGAAAGCUACCAAAGAUACCGCUGACAACGAUAUUUCCAACCAAAGCGAGCCCAAAGACGAGAAACAUCAACAACAACAACUUGACCCAAGCAACCCAGCAGCAAACUGGAUUCAUGCACGUUCAACGAGAAAGAAACGAUGUCCAUAUACAAAAUACCAAACACUAGAACUAGAAAAGGAAUUUCUUUAUAACAUGUAUUUGACGAGAGAUCGCCGUUAUGAAGUUGCACGAAUUCUGAAUUUGACAGAAAGGCAGGUGAAGAUCUGGUUCCAGAACAGAAGAAUGAAAAUGAAGAAGAUGAACAGAGAGAGGGGUAGCCAGGAGCCUCAGUGAAUAACACUGCGGGCAGCGCGCCGCGCCAAGUGUUCUCUAUGUAUAUGAGUAAUAUGUUACGUUUAGCUCAAAGUUGUUGGAGCCUCACUGGUUUAUGUUAUUUGUGUGUCUUUGUCGAAUAAUUUUGUGGAAAAACACAAGCUUACAUUCUGAUUAUUUUGGAUUGGAUGUAUAAAGAGUCUUAAAAUAAUUACCAAUUGUUCAUUCUUGUAACAAAUGUUCAAACGGUUGUGCACGCAGGUAAAGUACACACACUAGUUAUGUUAACUGCUAUUUUCAUUGUGUGUGUUAGUGCACACUUAAUUAAAUCUUAAUAGUGUACAGCACACUAACUGAGGAACAGUAAUCAUGGAGGAGUAACAGGCCACGCUACUCUCCCUAGUUACUGACACCCAACAAGGAGUAUUAUUCAUAGAGGAAUAUUUGGAUAUGAAUCUAAAUAGAAAAACAACUUUAAAGACUUACAUGUUGCAGGAUCUACCAUCAAAAAAUGUCUUUAAGGAUCAGUUUAGUAGUUGAGAUCCAUAAGGUCUUACUAGCUAGUUCGAGUGCUGGCUAUGAACAAAGAUUAAUUUAACACUACAGUGUAUAAUAAACGCAUCUAUGUAUUUCCAUAUAUUGAACGUGUAAAAAGUCUUGGGUGCUUUUUUAAAUUUAACAGCGAUCAGCACUGCGUAUUUGUCUCUGACAAAACUGAACUUAUAAGUAUUAUGAAUAUCUAAAAUAUACUAGCAAAAUAAAUUUAACAAUAUAAAUCUCCUUCUGGGGCUAAGAUUGUGGACCAGAGAAUACCGCUGAAGGUUGUGUUUGUUUGUUUUUUGUUUUUUUCGAGGUCGAGAAAAUGUUUUCAACGAAAUAAACACAGUUGGUGCUUGGACUGCACACUUUGUGCGUUGUUUUUAUAUCAAAAAUGUUUAGUGUUAGUUGAUAUCGGUAGGCC